UUCUAGAAGGGGAGGUACGCGCAGCCUGCGUACGCGCUGUCGCAAGUCGACCCAACAGUAGUACGCCAACGACUUGUGAAAUGGUCGUAUCUAACACUAUAUUAAUUCCCGACCCGCCUCGGUGGGUUUUGUUCGGCAAAAACUACGCGACGUAGCGCGAAAAGUUUCAAUCGCUAACACGGUGUAGUUUUACCAAAACAGUGCAAUGUGGCUCUAACUUUUAGUGACACGCUUACAAGAUUAGUUUGAACAGUUUCUAGACAACAAUAUUUAAAUGUAUUUAUUUUUCUGUUUCACUUAUUAAUAUUAACAAGAAUUGUAAAUAUGAAGUGGCCUAGUUACAUAGUUAUAUGCCAUGUGUGUGUGUUUAAGUGUUUGGCGAUGUCGCUAAGCGAAUUAGAGGACUUUAGCAAUUUUCUCAGACAAACAUCUCAGUUGGAUCAAAAUGUAAAAAGCAACAUACCAAGUGACGAAUUCGAUGAAGACGAGCCUAUAUUGGAUAAUGCUUGGGAAACAAGCGGAAAAUUUGAGGGAGACCUGAUUUUAAAUGAGAGACAAAGAAGAAUGAUUCUUACUAACGUAGCUGAGGGAUUGGCACGCAAUGGACUGACCGACAGUACCAAACGCUGGCCUAACAAUGAGGUUGUUUACUUUAUACAACCGGACCAUUUUAAUAGUGCUCAAAUAGAAGCAAUCCAAACAGGCAUAGCUGAUUUAGCCCGCGUCUCUUGCGUCAAAUUUAGACCCUACGUAAAAGGUGAUAAAGAUGCCGUAGUAAUUCAGGGCAGCAGACGUGGAUGUUUUUCACAAGUCGGUUACCAAGGAGGCUACCAAGUCCUGAACCUCUCUCGUCGCCACCCCGUAGGACGCGGCUGUUUUCGGCGUGGAACUGUGGUUCAUGAGCUGUUACAUACACUUGGCUUCUACCACAUGCAGAGCAGUCCCGAUAGAGACGAUUACAUUGACGUCUUGUGGGAUAAUAUUAUUAAACCUGCACGACACAAUUUCCGGAAAUAUAAUACUUUAGUUGUUUCGGAUUUUGGUGUGGGUUACGACUAUGACAGUGUCCUGCAUUACAGCCGCAAAGCUUUCUCUUCGAAUGGCCAAGAUACUUUAAUACCAAAAAAGCUUGGUGCGGAAAUUGGACAAAGGAUAGGUCUCUCAGAAAAAGACGUCCUAAAACUUAACAAAAUGUACUGCGAUGCAGAUUCAAAUCUUUUGUUUGAAGACAGUAGUGAAACCCCAAAGAAGUCACUGACAAUGAAGGCUGCAGAAUCUAAGCCAUUUAUAGGUAUUGGUUUAGGAUACCAACAAGGUAAAAUUGUGGUCAUACGAUUACCCAGGCCAGAAAUGAGACAAGACUUACCUCAAUUUCCUCUAUUUAAUUAUUUUAGUAAAACGACGGAAGAACUGCCGCCGGCGUUUAUUCAAGAGUAUGGAGUUAAAAAAGAAGUGAACCCAGACUAUUAUGUACAUGAUUCUUCAGAUGAGAACGAGUAUGCAAAAUCCAACCCACCAGAAAAAUUCCAUAAUGAAGAUCUAAGAGCAAUAAAACCAACCAAAGAAGAAAACAGAAAUGCAGUAGAAAAUACAGAAGAAUACGAUUUAACAGAAGACUUAAUCCGUAUUUUAUCGGACAUAGAGAAAUCACAAGGCUAUCCAAUCCCACCUCCCGAAGAAGGCGACAACAGCGAUCCGAGAAUGCGUUUGCUUAAGGAAUCUGAAGAAAAGAAAUUUAAUUCGUUUUUAGUUUCCCCUUUAAUUAAUGAUAAUAUAAAACAAUUGAACAGUUAUGUUAUUAACGCUCCGCUAUCGGGAGAACUUAAACAAAAACCAGAAAAUGGAAAACAAAUAAACCAGGGGGACACUGAUGAAAGGGUCUUCUUUCCUUUAGGAAUAAAACUUAUAGAUCAAAACAUACCCGAUAAGAAUAUAUGGUAUCAAAAAGAUAACGCAGAACAUAAACAAGUUAGUGAUCAUGGUACCAUUUUUUAUUACCCCCUGAAUGAGCAACUUAACUAUUCGUAUUUUGAUAAAGAAGUUCCUAAAUUAGAAAAAUGGUACAAUAGUAAUCAUUUAAAACAAGAAUCUUACAGAGAUAGAAGGCCAUCUACACCAGAAUACUAUAGAUAAAAUUGAACUUAAUAAUUAUAACUUAUUUUAUUGUAACUAUUAGUUUUAGAAUAAUUUAUUUUUAAGUAGUAAAUUGAGUUA